AAAAUGGGAUGGAAGUGUCAUUUCUGUAUAACUUUCAUUGCAUUGACGUUACGUCUUCUUAUGAGACAUAUCUUCUCAGAACAUUCAUACUCUCCAAACUUCUCAAUAAAAUGUGAUCUUGGCGGAUGUCCAAAUAUAUACACAAAGUACAAUUCUUUUUAUCGUCACGUUGUUCGUGAACACCUGGCUCUAAUGACUGCUCAACGGCCACCGUGGCCUUGCCAGUAUACAAAUACACAGAAUGAUGAAGGCGAACAAUCUGAUUCUGAUCAUGAGCUUGACCCUGUAGAUGAUGGAAACCUUGAAGACAACGACAACCUUGUAGAUGAUGACAACCAAUAUGGAAAUAAUGCAGAUAUGAUUGUGGAUGAUCAUAUUAAUGAACAAAGACAGGCAAUAUCAUACCUGAUGGGAUUAAGAGAAAAUCACAGAAUAAGAGGGACUACAGCUGAGGCAGUAGCAGAGGGAACCAAUGCAAUAGUUUUGCGCUAUGUUAACACCAUUCGGACAAACGUUUACCAGAUAUUGCAGAGAGAGGGCAUUGAUCCAGCUAAUGUAAAUGGAUUGUCAUCCCAGUUUGACGUAAUGCUGCCAUUUGAACAACUUACUACAGCCUAUGAGCGUGAACAGUAUAUAAAAAGAAAUUUUUAUUAUGUGAAUCCUGAAUAUGUUUGUGUUGGGCAGAAUUUAGUUGAUAACCGAAGACAAAGAGCAAGGGAUUAUAUCGUUAGAGAGGAAAAUUUUGCCUAUUUUCCAAUGAAUAAAAGCUUGGAACAGUUUUUUCAGAACUCAAGGCUAUUUGAAAUUGCCACUUGUGCAAGGACUCCCAAUAACAAUGGAUUUUAUAAUGUCUUAUCAGGUGGAAGUAUUUUCAUUAACAAUGCAUUGUUUCAUACUAAUUCAAAUGCUUUGCAAAUUAUUUUGUACUUUGAUGAUUUGGAAAUUUGUAACCCAAUGAACAAAAAGGCAGGUUCCCAUAAACUUGGGCUAUUUUACUACACAAUAGGAAAUUUACCUCAGACCUAUAGAUCUAGACUUCCAGCUGUUCGAACUUUAGCAAUAAUAAAACGUAAAGUUAUGAACAAACACACAAUAAAUGUUGUCCUUGAAAGCAUAAGACAAGACUUGAUCAAGUUGGAACAAGGAAUAACUAUUACCGUAUCAGGUGUCAAUCAUUUUAUUAAGGGUUCCUGUUUAUGUUUCAUUGGAGACAACUCUGCUGCACAUGAAUUUGGCGGUUUUAAGAUUGGUGUGGGCUUUUCAUUUAAAAAAUGUAGAGAAUGUGAAUGUACUUUUCGCGACAUGCAAUCACAAUUCCAUGAGCGUUUGCUCAUAAAAAGAUCUAAAGAGACCUAUGAACGUGCCUGCAAUGAACUCUUGCAGGCAGAUACACAACACAUGAGAGGAAUUCUCAGUACAAAUUAUGGUAUUAGUCAAAGAAGUGUUGCAUCAGAUUUUCCAAAUUUUGAUAUUACCAAAAUGAUUCCGCAGGAUAUUAUGCAUGUUAUGUUUGAAGGUGUCGGUAUAUAUGAAACUAAGGCUGUACUUACAAAAUUGGUUGAGGAACAAUAUUUUAAUUUAAAUCAACUGAAUGCUCAAAUUGAAAACUUCAGGUAUGGCUUCAGAGAUAGGGCUAGUCAGCCAGUACCUAUUCCUCAAAAAGUUUUUAACAAUAAUGAAACUAACUUAAGACAGUCGGCGUCAAGUAUGAUAGUGUUAAUGAAACUUUUGCCUUUUAUUCUUGUAGAAAAGUUACAUUGUGAUUCAGACAAUCAGUACAUUUCAUUUUUGACCGAGUUAUGUAACAUUGCAUUAAUAAUUUUAUCUCCUGUUGUAUCUGUAGAAACUAUUCUUAUGUUGCAAGUUGUAAUACAAGACCAUUUGAAAAAGUUUAAACUGUUGUUUCCCAACAAAAAUAUUAUUCCUAAACAACAUUAUAUGGUUCACCUUCCCUCAACUAUUGAGAGAUACGGCUCCUUGACUAAUGUAUGGAGUAUGAGAUUUGAAGGUAAACAUCAAUUUAUAAAACAGCGAUUGUCUGGAAGUAAUAACUUUAAGAAUGUUGUUAAGUCUGUGGCCGACCGAUGUGCUAUGUAUUAAUGUUCUCUGAAUUCUAGUGAAGAACAUCCACUCUUAAGAGAGAUAGGCAGUUUGGAAAAUGUUUGCCUUUAGAUGACUUAGAAAAUGCCAAGCACUCAAUAAAUGCUUUUUUUGGGGUAGAUAUUGUUCACAUUCAAAAUGUUUUUGAAACAUCAUGGAUUAUUUUUAAUGGACAAAAAUUUAUAAAAGAAGAAUGUGAAGUUGCUUUUGGUGAGAGUGGAGGUUUACCAGAAUUUGGGCAUUUAGUUUCAAUAUGGGUGGCAAAAGUGAAAGUCAAUGAAAAUUUGUUUGAUCAGCAUAUAUAUUUUCAGCUCAAAAUGUAUGAAACUGUUAAUUUUAAUGAUCAGAUUAAUGCAUAUCAAGUGGUUGAACCAACAGUUGCACAGGGUUUAGAGCUUGUUCACAUAGACAAUAUAUUUGUUUCCUCAGCUCUGCAUAUGUACAAAGGAAUUGGUGGCAGAAUGUUCAUUUUUGCACCAUAUGACUUAGUAGAUGUUGUGCGUCUCAGACAAACAGAGUAGUUGCUAUCAGAUGAGACCAAUAAAGGUUAAUAUAUUUUCAUGUGUGUCUUUUUGAUAAUGAUAUGCUCUGAAUUUUCUUUUAUAAUUGAGAGGUUGUUUUUUUCUGACACUGGUUUGUAGUUAUAAAAUGCUGACCAAGAUCAUUUUAGUUGCAAUCUACCAAUCUUUGACAGAAUAGUGGACAUUUUCUUAACUUAAAAUAUGCUGAGGGCCGGUCGAUAUAACUUUUGAAAAGAUGAAUAGAUUGAAUGCUUGUUUAAAUUUUUUUUUUUUUUGUAUACAGCCCGCCCGCUUAGCUCAGUAGGUAAGAGCGUUGGUCUACGGAUCGCGGGGUCGCGAGUUCGAUCCUCGGGCGGGGCGUAUGUUCUCUGUGACUAUUUGAUAAACGACAUUGUGUCUGAAAUCAUUAGUCCUCCACCUCUGACUCAUGUGGGGAAGUUGGCAGUUACUUGCGGAGAACAGGUUUGUACUGGUACAGAAUCCAGGAACACCUGUUAGGUUAACUGCCCGCCGUUACAUGACUGAAAUACUGUUGAAAAAUGGCGUUAAACCCAAAACAAACAAACAAAAUUUUUGUACACAGGUUAUUGAUAGAAACUGGCAGAUGGCACAAUGCGAAUGUGUUAUAAUAUUUAUGUAUUAACCUAGAGGACAAAUUUCACUUUUACUAGAAUGUAAAUGAUAUAAAGACCUCAAAGCAAAGUAUAUACUGGAAAAAAAACCAAACAUAUCAAAAUCAGUGGAACUGAUAUCAACUGAAAACAUUUCGACCUUGACAAAACUGUCCAUCUUUUGUAUACAGGGCUUUUGAACUUCAUAAAACUAUUUAUUACCCUUUGCACACUUUUCUCCUCUGACAUUUUCAUGAAAACACUUCACUUGAUAAGACAUUAUAAAAGCCAUUUCCUGACUUUUUAUCCAGAUAAUUACAUGUUUAUGUAGGUUCCCACUUAAUAAUGAUUCAGUUUGAUUUCCAGUUCAAAAAAGAAUGAAAUCAAGCUCUGUAUAUUCUGCAAUAAACAACGGUUGAUACAUGGACCCUUAAGAGAGCAAAAUGAUAUCAAAUUGCUGCAUGACAUUACUCCUCAGGGGGAAAAUGAAGUCCAGCAAAAUGUUUAUUGCAAUUUGCAAAAAAAAUGAAGCUCUUGUUUUGGCAGCUCAGCAUCUUUUAAACUUGUUUUGCUCUGUUUUCUGGGAUUUUCAUUCUUUGCAUUUAUUUGAGUAUGGCAUUCUUAGCCAAAGUUACACACUCUACUGCAGGUAGUAGCUUCUGUGGAUAGUAUACAUAUUGCAUGCAGUUAUCUUAUACUUAUUCUGUAGAUUACAUCAGAAUAAACAGUAAUAAACAGUAAAUGUAAAGUU